UAGUUAUUGGAUAUCCUGAAUCGUAUACGGAUAAUAUUUGUUUAAAACUGAUGCCUCUGGGACUGUAAUAGGAUUUUCGGCUUUUACUCCUAGUAGCCACAGGGACUUUAAGGCAAUCAGUAGGGACGUAUUUCCAAAUUCCAAUUCCUCGUCCCCUCUCUCUAUCGAGAAUCGGCCGCAGAGUUCCCGCUGCAAGAGUUCCGGCAAAUCAGCUAUCAAUUCGUCCAGUCGUCCUCUCUGCCGUAGCCACUAGCGUGCUUGGUAUCAUUCUUCUACCUGUAAAUCUAUAUUCUCACUUGAUCCAAAAGCUUUGACAAACACAUAAGAGUAAAGAGAAUAUACCAUCAUGGGUUAUGCACAGCUAGUUAUUGGCCCUGCUGGCAGUGGAAAGUCAACUUACUGCUCAAGCUUAUAUCAACAUUGUGAAGCCACACGCCGAACAGUGCAUAUAGUGAACUUAGAUCCUGCGGCAGAGAAUUUUGACUAUCCAGUUGCUAUGGACAUCAGGGAAUUGAUUUCACUGGAUGAUGUCAUGGAGGAAUUAGGUCUAGGCCCUAACGGCAGCCUUCUUUACUGCAUGGAACACCUUGAAGAAAAUCUGGAUGACUGGCUGACAGAAGAGUUGGAAAAUUAUUUGGAAGAUGACUACCUAGUUUUUGACUGCCCUGGUCAAAUUGAACUCUUCUCACAUGUUCCUGUGCUAAAGAAUUUUGUGGAAUAUCUGAAGAACAAAAAUUUCAAUAUCUGCGUAGUUUAUUUACUUGAUUCUCAGUUUAUCACGGAUGUUACCAAAUUUGUAAGUGGUUGUAUGGCUUCUCUCUCUGCAAUGAUUCAACUUGAAUUGCCUCAUGUCAACAUCCUGUCAAAAAUGGACCUGGUGACGAAUAAAAAAGGCAUUGACGAAUACUUGAAUCCAGAUCCUCAAUUUCUUUUGGCAGAGCUGAAUCGGCGCAUGGCACCACAAUAUCGAAAGCUCAACAAAUCUUUAAUUGAAUUGAUUGAUCAGUAUAGCAUGGUUGACUUUCAGCCUCUUGAUUUGAGGAAGGAGAGCAGUAUACAAUAUAUCCUGUCCCAGAUUGACACCUGCAUUCAGUAUGCCGAGAAUGCAGAUGUGAAGGUGAAAGACUUUGACCAUGAGGACGCCGAUGAUGAUUAGUCUUUUUUGGCCGUUUCAGUCAACCCUAAAAGGGCCUUUUGUAACCUAGGAAACCCCAGAAAAUGACCGGAUUAAGGACUCUCCUACGAUUGUUGUUUAUCGCUAUUAACUCGGCUCUAUGAUGAAGGCCAUCACUUUGUUGCUCGUUUUGUGGAUGUAGAAGUGGUCUCGUAUUUUUGUGCAGAUUGUGGUUUCCAUUGGAUCUAGACUGCUUUCAACUUUUUCUUCAAGAGAUUUUUUUGGAUACCUAAUUUGUCAUUUUUAUGUGUUGAGGGUGGUUUUUGUUCGUAAAGUCAUCGGGUGUUUUACACAUUUUUUGCCCAAGUUAAUGAACAUGUUUUUUGCAACAAAGUUAUAUGGUGUUU